CGAAAUUUCGAUGUACCGGCCGGUUCACCGAAAUUUCGGCCGGUACACACUGCAAAUUAAAAAAAAAAAAAGGAUUCCCCUAGCCCAAAACGACGUCGUUUUGGGCUAAGGGCUUUUCAUAACCUGCAACUGUGUCCUUUUAAAUAUUAGUAUCUCUUAUCUUAUUUUAAAAUUUGAUAUUUAAUUUAUAAAAAUAUAUAUUUAUAGCGAUAAAUCCGAAACGGUACACGAAAAAUUCCGGUAUCCGGUACGUACCGUUCCAGUAGCAAAACCGGUACGCAUACCGUGAGAAGGCCCUUGUAAGCUCAUUUUCACUUUGGAUGCGGAAGACAUGGAAUGCAUGGGAUGUGAGGGUUAUUGUUCUUCUGAGCCUACUCUUACAAACUGCUCUCAUUGUCUUGGGCAAGAGUAGGAAGCACAGUGUUAGCCUUAUCAACAGAAUGAUUCUCUGGUUUGCCUACCAAAGCAAGGAUUGGGUUGCCCUUGCCGCUCUUGGUAAGCUUUCUAAUUCCCAUGCAGAAUCUCCCACCUCCAAUGUUCUAAAAGCACUAUGGGCUCCCUUACUUAUACUUCAUCUCGGUGGCCCUGACACCAUCACUGCCUAUUCUUUUCAAGAUACCAAGCUCUGGAGCAGACAUCUCCUCAUCUUAGUUGUCCAAUCCCUUUUUGCCAUUUAUGUCAUUUAUUUGGCAUGGACCCAAUAUUGGCUGUCCAUUUUGACACUUCCUCUCACUGUAGCUGGAAUCAUCAAAUAUGUAGAGAGGAUUAUGUGUCUUGAGGCCACUUACGCUAAGAAAACCAAGUGGAUCAUUUCCGUCUUUAAAAAUCCUGAUUAUCUAUAUCACCCAUUAUUAGAAAAUCGAGAUUCAAAAAUAGUCCUCCAAGGCUAUGCAUUAUUUUCAACCAUGAGACCACAUGUCAAUGAUUACUUCGGCCAAAAGAAGUAUCUCCCGUCCCUUAAAGCAAGGAUACGAGCCUAUCUAAAGGAAAGUACGGGGUGUGUAUUCAUCAAUCAAGCCAAGUUAAUUCUGCAAGAGUUGCUUGAAAGCGACGUGCAAAGUAGUAGCAAUUUGACUGAUCAUUUCGACGUAGCUGUUGCAGAAUUGGGGUUUAUAUUUGAUGUUGUUUACACAAAAGCUGCUUUGAUUUAUACCAAGAUAGGAUGCUUCUUGCGUCUCAGCAGCUUCAUUUGCUCCUUGGCGGUUCUGGUGCUCUUCCUGAUCAGAUUCAUGCAAGACGUAAAAUUACAUUUCUCAAUAGUUGAUACUUUCAUAACAAUGAGCUUGUUGGUCGGAGCUGUUGCACUGGAAUUUUGUGCUGUGUUCUCAAUGCUUUCUUCUGAUUGGGCGGUAAUUUUGAUGUUAUUUCAUGGCAACUGUUUGGUACGCAAGAUUCUCCAGCUUGUCUUGCAAUAUUGUCCUUGCUUCUUACCUCAACAGAAGAGGUGGUCCGGAUUGAUGGGACAAUUUGAUUUGUUGGAUUAUUGCUGGAAUUCUAGUAAGGGCAGGCUUUAUAGUUUUCUACAAAAGUACUGUAGCAGUGAUAUUUUUGAAAUUUAUCAUAGGCAUAAGUAUAGUCAUCCCAGGUUUGUGGAAGUUCCCAGAUGUUUGAAGAAAAGAGAAUUUUACCUAAGACGGUUAGAUUCCUUCUUUUCAAAUAAUUCCUUUGAGGCAACAAGGGGGGAGAAGACACUUAAGGAAAUAUCUGACAUACAUGAUCUCGAAAUGAGCAUCCAAGCGGACUUUGAUUACAGCAUCAUAGCCUGGCACCUGGCCACAAGUAUUUGUUACCGUCAAGAUUAUAAUCCCAAUGCUUGCAGUAAAGCCAUGGAGGCUAGCAAAUAUUUAUCAAAUUAUAUGAUGUAUCUGCUGGCCAUGCGAUCUGAUAUGCUACUGCCUGAGCAUUGUAGGAGUUUCUGGUUGGAUCAUGUUCUUCGUAUGCUCAGGGAAGCUUUCUCUAAGGAACGUGACAAGGACGCUGCUUUCAAGUCACUGUUACCGGACCCAACCCUAUUCAGUACCAAGACUGCCAUGGAGACUGCGAUGGAGGAUCUACCAAAAUUUGCAGGAAACCUUGCCCAAAAUUUGAGCCAAAGCAGUAAAAAAUGGGAGCUCAUAAAGGAAAUGUGGAUUGAGAUGCUUCUUUACGCAGCACAUUCGUACCAACAUGUAAGCCAUGUACAGCAGCUGGGACAAUAUGGCCGAGAAUUCCUUACCGUCAUCUGGAUCAUGGGCGGCUAUCAUCCUGUAAAAGAUGUGAUAAUGGAGGAUUAGCCAUUAUGGCCUCAGACUUCGCCGCAGGGAACUUAUAGGUGUUCUUGUGCAUUAGAUCAAGUGUGCCAGUCCUGAUGCAAUUAGUAGUAUCUUUGUUUUUAGUGUAACGGUUACACUGAAAUAAAUGUUGGACAAUUAU